CUCCCUCCCCCGCGCUCGGUGCGCGAUCGCCGCAGCCCGGCCAGCAGAGCCCGUCUUUAACUCGGGAAAGCAGGGCCGAAGGGUCGACGGCAGGCGGGGCAGCCAUGGAGGCAGCGGCGCGGAGGCGGCAGCACCCGGGAGCGGCUGGCGGCCGGGGCGCGCAGCCGGGCGCCUCCUUCCCGCAGGCCAGGCACAGCUCCAUCAGUGCUGAUGAGGCUGCCAGCACAGCUCCCUUUCACCUUGACCUGUGGUUCUACUUCACUGUGCAGAACUGGGUUCUGGACUUUGGCCGCCCCAUUGCCAUGCUGGUAUUCCCUCUCGAAUGGUUCCCACUCAACAAGCCCAGCAUGGGAGACUACUUCCACAUGGCCUACAACCUCAUCACGCCCUUUCUCCUUCUCAAGCUCGUGGAGCGGUGCCCCCGCGCCCCGCCCCGCCCCUUGAUCUACGUCAGCGUCACCACCCUCGUCAUGGGUGCCAGCAUCCACCUGGUGGGCGACUCCGUGAACCACCGCCUGCUCCUCAGCGGCUACCAGCACCACCUGUCCGUCCGUGAGAAUCCCAUCAUCAGGAACCUCAGGCCGGAGACCCUGAUCGACUCCUUCGAGCUGCUGUACUACUACGAUGAGUACCUGGGCCACUCCAUGUGGUAUGUCCCCUUCUUCCUCAUCCUCUUCAUGUACUUCAGCGGCUGUUUCACUCCCACGAAAGCUGAGAGCUCGAUGCCAGGGGCAGCCCUGCUCCUGGUGGUGCCCAGUAGCCUGUACUACUGGUACCUGGUCACUGAGGGCCAGAUCUUCAUCCUCUUCAUCUUCACCUUCUUCGCCAUGCUAGCCCUCGUCCUGCACCAGAAGCGCAAGCGCCUCUUCCUGGACAGCAACGGCCUCUUCCUCUUCUAUUCCUUUGCCCUCACCCUCCUGCUGGUGGCACUCUGGGUCACCUGGCUGUGGAACGACCCUGUACUUAGGAGGAAGUACCCGGGUGUCAUCUACGUCCCUGAGCCCUGGGCCUUCUACACCCUCCACGUCAGCAGUCAGCAGCAGCACUGAGUCCUUAGCACCAGCCGCUGGUGCUCCGCCUAACGGGCGAUGGGCCAUAGAGGGCAUCUGAGCACGGAGAAGUGUGUGUGCAACCAGCACCUGCGGGCAUGUGUGUGUGUGCAUGUGCGCAUACGCACAGAACACAUCAUCCUAAGACUUGAUUGUUUCGGUCAAGUUUCUAUUUGAUUUGGAUCCUUCCAGGAUGGGAUUUCGUGUAGCAGAAUUUCCAGGCCAGAUCUGGGCCCUGCCUUGGUGUGCACCUCACUGGACUCUGGGCCCUUUCGCUGUCACUGCUCAGGGCUGGUCUCUUCUUCCCAGGGUGUCUUUGGGUAGCCCUGCAGGAGAGGCCUGGGUAGGGCAGAAACGGGAGAGGACCUGGCUUGUCACCCACCCUCUGGCUCACCCCUCAGACCCACUCUGGCCCUGGAGGUCAGAUUACAAAGGUUAAUAACUUCACAGAUAUCGUUGAGCAAAACACCUCCCUCUCUGGGCCUCCUUUGCACUAGAUGGGCACAGUAGUCCCAGAGAGCGUCAGUGGGCCAUUUGCAGUUUCCUCUUGGGCAGCCCUGGAUAGACAAGCAGCUCUGUCCUGUCUCUGCCCUCUCCUACCCUGGGAGAGGGAUGUGCACCCCAGACCCCCACUCAGACCUCAGGCCGCACAGGGUGUUGGGCCACCCUGACCCUGGGGUGCCAGGGGCCAGCCCACUCCCCUAACCACCAGCCUCAUCUUGGGGUCCCUCCAACCAUCUUCCUCUGCCAGAGCUUCCCCUCCCCCCCCAGGAGAAUGGUGGAACCCCCUUUGUGUCAACCUGACCAAAGGUCUUUGAGCUAAAGGAGAGUUCUCCAAUGCUUAGCCUUCUCCCCUGAGCCCUGUGAUAUGGGCGGGGGUUGUCUUGAUGCUCUCUCCCUUGGCCUCAUCUCAGCCUGAACCACAUGCCUUCUGCCAGUGGCCUUGUUCCCAGAAAAGGGAGGCCUCACCCCCAGCAGGACCUGCCCCCCACCCGGUCCCAGACCUUGGGGCCAGGUCUCCUCCCACAGCUGCAGGCACCACAGCCUCCUUCCAGCACUAGCCCACCCGUUCUCGAGGGCCCCAGGGGGCCCGCUUUGCCUUCCCCAGGCCCUGCCUCUUCUGUGUUCUCAGGGAGCCCCAUACCUCAGAUUCUCCUUCCAUGUUGGGGUUCCUCUGCAGCCCCCAUAGGGGUCCCCCAGGGACUGGUCAGUCCCUGUCUGCUGGCAACUUGAGUGGUGAGAGGUAUGAGUAAAGGCCAGUGCAGAGCCAGGGCUGGCUGGUGGCUGCUGCUCUGGGUAUGUGUUUGGGCAGCAGGAGGGCAUUCCCUGGAAUGAGGGAGUGACUGGUCUCCCUGGCAGGCCCCAGAGGCCCACUGAGCCCACAUCUGGUGCUGCCACUGCCCACCAGCCCUCCGUGCUGUGUAGGAUCCUGGGGGUGGAGCGCCCGGGCAGGCUGUGCCACCAGCCCCGAGGCCGAAGCAGGGAGAGGGAGGGUGGCCUUGUGGGGAAGCUGGGGAGUGGCACUUAGCCUUGGGAAGGUCACCUGAUGCCUCAGCGUCUCAGCCUCAGCACCCAGCCAUCAGGGACCUCCUGGGGCUCCUGUAUCUCACCACACAGGAAGGGCCACAUGGUAUGAGGUGCACUGAGUCGGCUCGGCCCCUACCUGCCCAGUAGCCUCCCUGAGGACCCUGCUCCUUCAAGCCUGUCCUGAAGCUUAU